AUGACAUCAGUUUCCUUAUGCGGGAAAAUUGAAAAGAGUCUUAUAGAACUAAUGAAUGAAGCUUCUAAGUAUAAAACUCUGAAACAAAAUAUGUUCACAGACUGGGAUUCAAAAUUAAGAAUUUCUCUACCAGGCCUUGUAAUUUCGGCUCUUUUUGGAAAUGGGAAUCAACAGGUAGCUAGUAAUCCGAGGCUAUAUGUUGAGUGGGAACCUCCUGAGGCUGGGUGGCUCAAAUUUAACUUUGAUGGUGCGUCUUCUGGAAAUCCAGGCCGGAGUGGUAUCAGUUGUAUAGUGAGAGAUGCCCAGGGAAUAUGCAUCAACGAAAUCGCAAAAGACAUAGGCGUGGCAACAAACAAUGAAACAGAAUUCAGAGCAGCGUUGCGCAACCUGCAAUUGGGGGUGGAAUUAGGUAUUCAAAGAAUACAUCUGGAAGGCGACUCUUUGAAUGUCGUUAAUGCUAUUCGUCAGAAAUCGACACCAAGUUGGCACCUCAAUCAGUGGCUACGACCGAUCUUGGCACCACUGGAGAAAGUGGAGGAGUUCCGUAUUGGCCACUGUGAUUAA